CUCUCUCUCAGUCUCUUACACUGAAGUGAAGGUAAUAUAUCCGUAGCUUUAUUGGCUCUGUAUUCAUUGUUUCUGAUUUUCUUCUUCAUCUAGAACUCCAGAUGAAUUUCACUGAUAAAUCCACCGGCUUCAAAUUUUGCACAGUUCUUAGGCAAUUGAUGGGUUUCAGAAAUCUAUUUUGAGCACCUGUUGGGCCAUUCUUGAAGUAUGAAUAUUUUCAAACAGUUGGUGCCCACCAAGUUUUCUUGGAGAUGUGUUAAGAAGCCUUCUAAUGUGCUGGGUUGUUUUCUUUUCCAUUCGUCUUCUAAUGGCGUGGUGGAAGUUCACUCUCAAGAGCAAGAAGUAGUUAUUGCUUUGGGAAGUAAUGUGGGAGAUAGGCUUCAUAAUUUCGAUGAAGCCUUGGAGCAAAUGCGAAAUUCGGGGAUUAAAAUUACUAGGCAUGGUUGCUUGUACGAGACUGCCCCUGCGUAUGUUACUGAUCAGCCUCGGUUUCUAAAUUCUGCUGUGAGAGGCGUUACAAAGCUUGGACCUUUCGAGUUGUUACGGGUGCUCAAGAAGAUUGAGAGGGACAUGGGACGUAGUGACGGGAUUAGGUACGGUCCGAGACCGAUUGACUUGGAUAUCUUGUUCUAUGGGAAGUUCAAGAUUAAUUCCGAGAGUCUUAUUGUUCCACACGAGAGAAUUUGGGAGAGACCCUUUGUGGUUGGACCGUUGAUUGAUCUACUCGGGUCAGAUAUAGACAGCGAUACAGUGGCGUGCUGGCAUUCGUUCUCGAGGCAUUCUGGUGGACUCUUUGGCGUGUGGGAUAAACUAGGUGGCGAUUCGCUUGUUGGAAAAGACGGUAUGAGAAGGGUUUUGCCGGUUGGGAAUCGUCUAUGGGAUUGGUCAUCGAAAACGUCUGUUAUGGGUAUCCUUAAUUUGACCCCCGAUAGUUUUAGCGAUGGCGGGAAGUAUCUCUCGGUGGAGGCUGCCGUUACACAAGUUCGUUCCAUGCUCACGGAGGGAGCGGAUAUAAUCGACUUCGGUGCACAGUCGACCCGCCCAAUGGCUUCGAAAAUUUCGGCCGAAGAAGAACUAGGCAGACUGAUUCCCGUCGUGGAGGCUGUUACCAAGAUGCCCGAGGCCGAGGGGAAGCUCUUAUCGGUCGACACUUUCUACUCACAAGUCGCUUCCGAAGCCAUCAGUAAGGGGGUUCACAUCGUGAACGAUGUCUCGAGUGGACGCCUCGAUUCCAACAUGCACACCGUCGUUGCAGCCCUUAAAGUUCCCUAUAUCGCUAUGCACAUGAGAGGCGAUCCUUCCACAAUGCAAAACCGCGAAAAUCUAAUAUACGACGAUGUCUGCAAAGAAGUUGCGUCCGAGGUGUAUGCACGCGUUCGGGAUGCCGAGUUAGCGGGUAUCCCGGCUUGGAGGGUCAUCAUAGACCCGGGAAUCGGAUUCUCAAAGAACACUAAACAAAACCUCGAUAUUCUCAUGGGCAUCCAAACUAUUCACACCGAGAUUGCCAAGAAAAGCUUAGCUGUCUCCCACGCUCCCCUACUGGCCGGACCUUCCCGAAAGAGAUUCUUAGGCGAAGUUUGUGAUCAUGCCGCUGCAGCUGAGCGUGAUCCCGCAACCGUCGCUUCAGUCACCGCCGCAGUUCUGAAUGGCGCCAAUAUCGUAAGAGUGCAUAAUGUUAGAGACAAUGCAGAUGCAGUGAGGCUCUGUGAUGCAAUGCUGGGCAGAAGGUGAUAGCUAACAUUGUUUAACAGAUCGAUAUCCCGAGUAAAAAACGAGAACCUAGGCCGGUUUAUUUUCUCGUGGCCCUUUGUUAGUUUAGGGUCGUCACAAGGCGGGCCCGGGGGUUUACGCUAUGAGCAGCCUGGAUAGUAACUGCGGGUUUCCCUUGUCAC